AAAUUGCAAGGUAAAAGACACGAGAGAGAUCCUCUUAGAACGCAUAUUCCCAAACUUGCACAACAUCUUAAACACAUUAAAAGUACCAAAAGACAACUUCGAAAACCUCAUCUCCUCAAAACACAUACUUAACUCUUAUCCAAUAAUAUCGUCGUUAUGGUGGCAGAAGCCAUGAGAAUCAAGGCAGAGGUGUACCACGGAGACAAGGCAUGCAGAGAGAUAUUCGGCUCCCUUUUGUCCGAGAUCGGUUUACCAAACCAGCUCCUAAGUAACCAGGAGAUAGAAGAAUGCGGAUACGUGAAGGACACGGGUUUCGUGUGGCUAAAGCACAAGAAGAAGAAGAAAGACGAUAAAAAGAGACAUCAAGACUCGUUUAGAUUCGAUAACGUCAUGGUGUGUUUCGAAGAUGAAGUCACUGCUUAUUUCCAGCCGAACACGAUCAAGAAACUCACUGGGGUUAAGGCCAAGGAGUUCGUGGUCUGGAUCUCGCUCGGUGAGAUUCACGUAAACCGCCCCUCUGGUUUGAUUACCUUCAAGACACAGGUCGGUUUGUUGUCUAAGUCGUUGCCUUUGUCUGUUUUUGAAGACGUUCAAGGUAAACAUGAUGUUAUGGAGAAGCCUAAACAACAGGAUCAACAAAAAUUCAACGAUCCCAAAAUCUAUUUGUACUAGUAGAAAAGAAAGUAAAUGUAUAUAUGUAUCUUUAAUUUUUAUUCAUAUGUAUUUACAAAAGAAAACUUGUAGAAAAUGCAAUAUAAACAUUUACAUAUAGAACCUAAUUUCAUGAUAUUAUGGCCAGUGGCGGAUGGAGGUGAUGAAGUACAGGGGCAUGUGCCCCC